AUGCAAAGGCGCGAGCAUGAGUUGCGCACGCGCGCGCACGUGGCUUGGGCUGAGCAACGAGAACGUGUUGAGGCGACAAGACAGGAAUGUGGGGCUGCGCUGACUGACCUUCGCCAGGAGCUGCGUAGCCGCUUCGAGAUGGCAGAGCGAAAGCAGUUCGAUAUUUUACGCGAGGAUAGGUCAGAACAGGAGCGAAUGCAGGCCGAGGUCGGGGAAAUUCGUGGCACUGUGGCUGCUCUGCGCGAGGAAGCGCUCCGAGCCGAACAAAUAGCACACCGGCGCGCUACUGAGGCAUUCAACAAAGUUUCCGAGGCUGCCGAAGACGCUAAGCGGACAGCAUGGAAUGCAUCGCACGAGGUGCACGAGCGGGUCGAAGCUGCAAUCAAGACUGUCGAGACACUCUCUCGAGAAGUUGAGCAAGUACAACGUGUUCAGGGGGGAUUCAACCUGAGGAUCGACGCAGAGCUCAGGGCUGGCCGCUUGGCGGUCGCACGCGCAACAGCCGCUGCGGGGCAUGCAGACACAGUCUCAUCCGAGCCUGAUAUUGAGGUCGCCGGAACGGCAGAGCAUGACGUCACAGCACGAUUUCGGAAUGAGCUUGCUGCACUUGAAUAUCGUGUUACCGCGGAUGUCGCCGCAACACGGGCAACCCUUCGAGAUGAGGCGCUGCGGCGUGAACAGUCUACGAGCGACCAGGAAGCAUCGUGGCGGCGCAGUGCCGACGCCACUGAGGCGCGCUUGCGAUCUUGCGAGGAGAAACUUGCUACUUGCAUCGCGGUAACUAGAAGGCGGGACGUCCUCAAGAUCAAGACUCCAACAACCAGUUCGGAACCAGAGACGGGGGAACUUGGUUUGCGAGCCACUGCCUUUGCGGAGCUAGAAGGAGCGCUCGAGCGCCGAGUCACACAAGGUCUCCAGGGGGUAGCAUCGGGCAUGGCGGCAGCCAUCGAACGCCUCGCAUCAAGUUUGAGCGAAGCACGUGCCGAGAUUUCUCGCGAAGGCGACGCACGACGCACACUAGAAGCAUCCGUAACUCAUGCUGUUGAAUCGGCGGUUCUUUGCGUCGCAAAUGCGACGCGUGUUGAGAUCGCCAAGCAUACCGACGACGCAUCGAGGCUCGAGGCUCAGAUGCGUCGUGCUGAUGCGCUCCAUGGCGAUCAUGUCCAAGGUCGAUGUGAACGUGUCGAAGAGGCAUUGAUAUGUCGCGUGGCUGAGCGAGAGCGCGGACUACGCCUCGUGCGGACAGAGAUUUCUCAGGCGACACAUGUGCUGCUCGAUGAACUUGCUCAAGAGCGCCAUGCUCGCAUUAGAGCAGCCGCAGUCGAAGCAGCCAACGCGAAACGUGCGCUCGCUGUAUCGAGCCUAAUGACUGACUCAAGACGACUGGCUGAUAAUGCUGAAACCCUUUCUACCAUUAAGACCAGCAUACAUGAACUCGACCGUGCCUACCAGCUCCGUUUCGGUCAGGCCGCGAGCAGUGUUGACGCUCUCGCCGCACGUUUCGAGGAAAGAUCAUUUUAUUUGUAUUCGCAUUAUUGGAAACAUUCCAAUUAUUUAUGUGCCUCAGAUCAAAUGAUUCUGCAUAAUACAACGCUUUUUUGCAUCCACGUUGAGGUCCCUGUUGAAGUGCAGGCUCGGAACGCGUCCGCAGCGAGCUGCGCCCGUCAGUUUGAGCUCGCGGUUGCAGCUAUGAUUCACCGCGUUGAUGUUGAGAAGAAUAUCAAUCGGUUCCUUAAUCAGCCUGAGUCCAAUGUUACCGGUCAUGUUAUCUGGCAGGCUAUCCAAUUUACAGCCAAGGAGAAGGCGAUGGCCUUGCCUUCUUCGUUCACUCGCAGCUCAAGUAUGAACUUAGUUACUCCGAAGCUUGUCGAUACGUCUGAUCGAUCCCUUGUCGAGGCCUUCAGCAAAACCUUUCGCAGUGGUGGGGAUGAGACAGACUUGGAGCGGCCAAUGUUCUACUUGACCCCGUACCUAACCUGCGAUAAGUGCAACAGCUUGAUGUUCAUCGAUGCAGCUAAUGCCAGAAAUUUUGGCGCACGGAUGUCCAGGGACACUUGUAAAAGACGUGCAGAUGAUGAAGUUCUGGGUAUGUGUCCUAGUUGUGCUUCCACGGCUAAUCUUCAAUUGGGAGCACACGAUUUCCUAGACAAAAUUGCUGGCGUUCAUAUCGAUUUUACCUUCAGCGGCAAUGUGCACGUGCGCAUCGAACUCGAGCCAAGCUUGAAUAAAGCCCUCUCGCCAGGUGGCGAGAUCAAGGUAUUCUGGUACAAGUCCAAGGAGCAAGUCAGACUCCUCUUUGAAAACUAUUUGGUGCUGGCAGAGCGCACUGGCUUCCUUCCGCCACGUUAUGUCGUAGAGUCAAAUGUCCGAGAGAUUGUACGAGGUUAUUCGAAUCAGGGGAAUAAGAGCUGCAGCCUGCUUCAAGCUUACGAGGCUAUGGCGUGGAUGGAUCACCAGGAGGGAAUUGGUGCAGACGCGUCUUGGCUUAUUAAGCGCCGCAACACACCUGAGGGCGUACACUACCAAUCGCUCCAGCCAGCUUCGCGCCAAAUUGUCACAUCUCUUUCAGACAAUCUUCUCCAAGAAAAGGAACCACCCAGCCUCGACAAUGCAGCAUUGGUUGCCUUGCAAGAACACACUGCCAAGCUUGACUCUCUUAUUGCUUAUGUCAAUGCGCAGUUCGAGCAUCUCGAGAUGAAGAUAUACGUGUAUCUGCAUUCCUCCUUGUUCUCACCUCCUUUCUUGGUGAGCCCAGCCUACUACUUAGUCUACUCCCCGGACCUGCAUUUCCCUCUAGGCCCCGUUUGGCCCCUGCAGUACAUCCGUGGAAUGGACUGCUUGUCCCGGAAUAUCCAUUUGGCUUGUGCUACUAGUGUCAAAGGAUUUCUAGGGGCACUAGCGCGGGCGAUCAGCCUGGAUAACACCAAGGCAGCCCUCGCUAAAUGUGAGAUAAGAAAGAGAGAAAAGAUACGGCGACGCGCAUCUGUUUACGAAGGCUAUCAUUUUCUCUAUACGUUGGAUAUUUUGGCCUGCCCACUGUUGUGUAUAACGGUGAUCCUUCUCUGGAUCAUUCCUGUCCGUCCACGCGUCCGCUAUCAUGCGUCGCGCUUGUUCCACAAACAUUUCGAUUUCUCUCAUUUUAGCAGUCCAUUUUCUAGUUUGAGCACACUGUUACUUCUACCUCCAAAGUAUGCAGUGAGGAGCCCCUCACUGCUCUCGGACUCUGAUGAAGCCAGUUCCGGUAGCUGGGACCAAUUGCCACAGGAUUGUAAGGCCCUUCAACUAUAG